UAUGCAUAUAGAAAUUGUAAAAUAGCGACAUUGCUACUUCAGAGGGUAACAAACCUUUGCGAGUGAACUUUACGCGUGUGUAGUGAUCAGUGAGAGCAGAAAAACAGCAAGAGACCAGGGUGAACAGAAAAAUCGACGUGUCGGGGAAACUACACAUUCUUUGAAGUUCUUCAGGCUAACGACAUAUAAAAUGUACACGCCAACACUGGUGGCGCUCCUGCGAACUUUUCUGUAUAUUAUGAUCAUAAAACUGGAACUGUUGACAUUCGAAUGAACGUAGCUUCUCAAGAACAGACGGAUACACUUUUGAAAGAUACUUGUGAUCACAAGCCGAUUACUGGGCUGUGUAAAUGUGAGUACUUGCCGCGGACAGGAAGUAGUGUUGUGGAUGAACCUAGUAGUUACUGGCAAUUUGUGCCUCUUGACAUCAGCACACACCAUCGGAAUGGUUCUAAAGAUUCGACACACGGGUCCGAGGACAUGCCUCCGCAUGUCAGGAAAAAUUAUUUUCUUAAGCAACACCAUGAGUCACGAGAAGUCAUGGUUGAGGGUGGAGAUAACGUCACACCGAUCGGUGAUAAGAUGGCGGAUGAGAAAAUCGUAGGAUGGGCUCAGGAGCGGCUGCAGCGGGAAUUUGUUUGUUGCAAUGUCGACAACUGAUUACUGUUAUGGUAGUUACUACGAAAACAAUGCUAAAUAAAGACGUAAGAUGUCCGUGUUUGUUAAUACUGCAUUUUAUUUGGAAAUGCUUAAGUUAGAACAGGUCACGACACGUUAGAUUUGGCUGUGUUAAUACGUGUUAGGUUAGGUUUCUCUAGAUUCAGUUAGGGACAUAAGUUAGGAUAGAUGUUUGAAUACGAAUUUUAAAUGUUUAAAAACCGAAUGUGAAAAUUAUAAAAUAUUAAAUUCAAGAGUUAUAAAAAUCAAAAUUAUUUUUUAAUAUUAUAAAUUUAUAGGGCUUACAA